CUUCCUCAGAAGUCGGGAACCAGGACCAGGGGCCUUGGGCCUUGGUACAGGUGUCCUCUCUGACCAUCUGGGCAGGAGCCUGGGACGCCUUGCUGGCAGACUUGGAGUCCACUACCUCCCACAUCUCCAAACGGCCUGUGUUCUUGUCCGAGGAGGCCCCCUACUCCUACCCAACUGGAAACCACACCUACCAGGAGAUCCCAGUGCCGCCCCCGGUCCCUCCACCCCCGUCCAGCGAAGCCCUCAAUGGCACGAUCCUUGACCCCUUAGACCAGUGGCAGCCCAGCGGCUCCCGAUUCACCCACCAGCAGCCUCCAUCCCCGUCACCUGUGUACGGCUCCAGUGCCAAAGCUUCCAGUGCCUCCAACCCACAGGACAGCGUCAGCUCUCCGUGCUCCCGAGUGGGUGAGGAGGAGCACGUCUACAGCUUCCCCAACAAGCAGAAGUCAGCGGAGCCUUCACCUACCGUAAUGAGCUCCUCCCUGGGCAGCAACCUGUCUGAGCUUGAUCGUCUGCUGCUGGAGCUGAACGCCGUGCAGCACAAUUCACCAGGGUUCCCUGCAGAUGAGACCAACGCAAGCCCCCCACCACCUGGGGCCCUGAGCCCUCACUACGGCAUUCCAGAGAAUAACAGCCCAGUGGGAGGCAGAUCUGGGUCCCUGACAAAAGAGAAACCCAAGCGGAACGGGGCCCGGGGACUAGAGGACGUGCGGCCCAGUGUGGAGAGUCUGCUGGAUGAAUUGGAGAGCUCCGUGCCCAGCCCUGUCCCCGCCAUCACUGUGAACCAGGGCGAGAUGAGCAGCCCCCAGCGAGUCACCCCCAGCCAACAGCAGACGCGUAUCUCGGCCUCCUCUGCCACCAGGGAGCUGGACGAGCUGAUGGCCUCGCUGUCAGACUUUAAGACCAGCUCCUCUGCUGUGGCCUUGAGCUCCCCAGGGCUGCUGCCCUGCUCAGCUCCAUCUCCAGCCUGUACCCUUCCUGCUCCUUCUCCAUCUCCACCCAUGCCUUUUGUAUCCCUGCCUUCCACCUCCAAACCCUCUCCUCAAGGCCGAGGCCACACUCCAGAGCUCCUCUGUACUGAGGAGAAUAGACAGAGCCUCUUACUUCCUGUGGCCCUCAGCUGGCCUGAUUUGGCUGGCCUUGGGGUGGUGACUGACACUUACGAUUCAAGGUCUCCCUCUGCAGAGGGUUCCGCAGGGUCAUUUGGUACAGAGGGCCAGGCCCCGGUUAGGGGGGACCUUCUGAACCCCGUGAGGGAGCCCUCUAUGGCCUCCCUUUGCCACACUCCACCUCCUGUUGGCAGCACAGUCUCCCAGGAGCCUGGAGAUCCUAAAGGACCACAAGGUAACCCUUUAUGUCCAGAGGAGGCUGUGGUUGCCGCUCAGAAGUGGCCAUGGGCUUUGGAGGCAUCCAGCCCUGAGACUCCCUGUAGAGCUGCUUGCAGCUUUCAGGAAGUAACGGAGCCAGCUGUUGUGGCUGUGGAUCGUCAGGCCAUCUUCCCAGACACCUGGAGUCUCGCAAAGGAAUAUGACCAGCAGGAGAGGGCAAGGCCAGAACCCGGAGGGCUGGAAAGCGGCUGUCCUGCCCCAGCUGACCAGGAGCAGUUAGGUGGAGAAAGGCCCAGGAGGGGAAGCCUGGUGGUGCUGGCCCAGGGACCCAAGACCCCAAGGAGCCCAGAGGGCACCGCUGAAGCUGCUGCCGAGGCCAGGAAGGAACAGCUGGAGCUUCCACGUGCCGUGGUCAUGGGCACACCCAGCACUGCGGAGAGGAUUUCCACCUCCGGCCAGAUCCGCUCUGUGAUCAGGAGGAGCCGGGAGACGGGCCACGCGCACCCCAUGUCUCGGGAGCCCUCCCCUCGCCGCCGGCUGGACCCCGCCACCCUGAGCAGGACCCCAUCCCAGGAGCAGCUCAUCGCAGAGCUGCAGGGCCGGCUGGGCAUCCAGCCGGAGGUGGAGGAGGCCACAGGGCCAGCCGGGGCCUCUGCGCAGGACUGGCUGACCGAGGGCAUCGUCAUCACCGUGCAGCCGCGUGGGCGGAGGGCUGGGGGGCAGCUGGUAGAGAAGGUUGUCUUCCCUCCUGACUCUCCCAUUCCCCUGAGAAGAACCAUCUCUAUUCUGGCUUCUCCUCCUGUCCCUCCUCUCCAGCAUCACCGAGACGCCUCGGCCGGCAGCUCUUCUCCCCUGGCCAGCCUGCCCACCCCUUCCCGCCUGGGGCCCUCAGUCUCCACCCAUGGUUGCCCAGGGGUCCAUUGUGCAGGGGACGAGCCCCAUGAUGAGGAGGGGAAGGGCUACACCUCACCCACUCCUGUACCCCACACUGUGAAAUCUGUGGGUUGCCAGACCGAUGAGGACCCACUCUUCCCCCCGAUGCAGAUGCACGGCCUGGAACAGAGAGCGGAUGGAGAGUGGCAGUGGGCAGCUGGCUGGCCUCCGAGCAGCAGGCAGAGCAGCCCUGAAGGGCAGGACGAGGGAGGGUUCAUGGCCCAGGGGAAGGCCAGGAGCAGCUCACCACCCGGGGGACCCCCAAAGCCAGGGAGCCAGCUGGACAGCAUGCUGGGCAGCCUGCAGUCCGACCUGAACAAGCUGGGGGUGGCCACGGUGGCCAAAGGCGUCUGCGGGGCCUGCAAGAAACCCAUUGCUGGGCAGGUCGUGACCGCCAUGGGGAAGACGUGGCACCCCGAGCACUUUGUCUGCACCCACUGCCAGGAGGAGAUCGGAUCCCGGAACUUCUUUGAGCGUGACGGGCAGCCCUACUGUGAAAAGGACUAUCACAACCUCUUCUCCCCGCGCUGCUACUACUGCAACGGCCCCAUCCUGGAUAAAGUGGUGACAGCCCUUGACCGGACGUGGCACCCUGAGCACUUCUUCUGUGCGCAGUGCGGUGCCUUCUUUGGCCCUGAAGGGUUUCAUGAGAAAGACGGCAAGGCCUACUGCCGGAAGGAUUAUUUCGACAUGUUUGCGCCCAAGUGUGGCGGCUGUGCCCGAGCCAUCCUGGAGAACUACAUCUCGGCCCUCAACACCCUCUGGCAUCCCGAGUGCUUUGUGUGCCGGGAGUGCUUCACGCCGUUCGUCAAUGGCAGCUUCUUUGAGCACGACGGGCAGCCGUACUGCGAGGUGCACUACCACGAGCGCCGCGGCUCCCUGUGCUCCGGCUGCCAGAAGCCCAUCACGGGCCGCUGCAUCACCGCCAUGGCCAAGAAGUUCCACCCCGAGCACUUCGUCUGUGCCUUCUGCCUCAAGCAGCUCAACAAGGGCACCUUCAAAGAGCAGAACGACAAGCCUUACUGCCAGAACUGCUUCCUCAAGCUCUUCUGCUAGGCGCUCUCGCCAUCACCGGCCCUUUCCCCAGCCCAGCGUCCCCAACUGCUACUGUGACCCAGAGACCUCGCCCAGGGUUGAGGGGCAAGCCUGACAGAAACUGGAAGCCUCGUCCGUAGCUGGAGCAGGAUGAGAAGCAGGCCGCGGGUCCUGCCUACUUCUCUUCACACCUCUCCCCAGCCUCUGGGCUUCUCCCUCCCUCUGCGGCUCUCCCUGGGCCGCCCACUUUGUGUUCACCCAGGCGUGGAGCCUGAAGGGCCCCACCUCACACCACGUGUCUCCCCGCGGAGAGGCCUGGCCAGGCCAGCACCUCACUCUGGCGCCGUGUCUACGCCUAUUUCAGCAGUAGAGGAGGGCAGGCUGGGGUCUCUUUUUAUCCUUACUCCCCGCAACCCAAUAAUCCCUAGUGUUGCUGGGGGGAUCGCCGCCUGCCUCCACACAAUGCCAGCAUAAACCCCCUCACCCACAGGCCGAGGUCCCACAGGCCUCCAGUCUCCCCAGGCCUUGGGUGACCGCCCCCUUUCCUGACUGCCCCUUUUGUAACUGUUUUGGUCCUACUGAGAAAGGCCUCUCCAGCAAUAAUGUUUUAUAGCCAUUUCUUCCAUCUCUGGGGACGGCAUGGGGUGGGGAAUGUCACCCAUGCCUGGACACUGUACCGACUUUGAUAGAUUUCUACACUGAGGUUUGCAUUCGUAUUGCCCGAAUUGCUUUUACUUCUCUGUACAAGAUGAUUUUGAAGAGAUUUUAAAGACUUUCCUUUUUGUAUUCUCCUCCUUGUCCACUGCCACUAUCCUAUUGGUGACUGGGGCUUUGGGGUGGAGUUGGCUUUGUACUGAGGGCUUGGGGUGGGGAAGCCAUUUGUAUUUUAUUUUUCUUAGCACAAGCAGGUGAACCGGGAGCAGCUCUGUGGCUCCCCUUCUGUACCUUCACAGCGCACCAGGACUGUUUUAUAAACUGCUGUAUUUUGAAACUCCUUCCUUACUGCCCGGGUCAGUGAGCUUUUAAUUAAAAUUGACCUAAGGGUGCCUAGCCUUUAUGGACCUGGAAUUCUGAAUCUCAUCUGCCCUGUUCCUGAGGGAGGAGAAGGGGUAAGGAUGCUUUGGGGGCUGCUUUCUGUCUGAGAAAGCCAUUAGGAGCCUUUGCUCCCCGAUGAACUUUUUGGCAACAAAGAGAACCUACUGGACAUUCUCAGCCUCCUCACUGCUUCUCUGGGGCUCUUUUUUCUGCCGUCUCAGGAAAGCUGGGAUCUGACUUUGGCCGCGAAGACCAUACAGGUCUCUCUGGUCUCGAUUCCACUGGCGCAUUACUUCCUCAGAUUUCCUGCCUCGCUGGAGACUGGGCUCAGGUCCCUCCCCUUUAACAGGUGAGGUCAAUGCUUAGGUCUGGGGAGAAGGCUCCAGCUUGGUGCAAGGGGCCUGGUAGGAUUCUGGUCGGAGGGACAGGACCCUGCUGGAGCAGCCAGAAGCCCCAGAGCUCUCUCAAGGUGAAACAGGAGCAGCCAGGCCUGGGGUUCCUGGCCAGGGGGAAGGUCCCCUCUACAGUGAUGCAUCCAGACCACCCCACCAGCCUCCCUCCUUUGAGGCGGGGCAGGGAGUAGCCCAGGUCUAGGGAGGUCAGCCUGGAUCCCCCAAGGUUCUGCCAUUGCCACUUCUACCCACAGGCCUUAUUGCUCUGUUUACAGUGACCCAUCCCAGGCCUCUCCCCAAGGGGCCUGGGGUUUCUGGGGUCCACUCACUGGGUUAAUGGUUAUUUGAUUUUGAUUUUUUUUCUCUAUAAAUUUCUAACCUGGCUUUUUCCAUUUCAAUUCCUGUGAUUUAUGCCAAUAAAGUUUGCCAUUAUUUUCA